CUGUGUCAAUGUCAAUUAUAUCUGCCUACCUACGGCUAUAUACUCUUCAAUCCCGCCAUGAUGAUCCUGCACCAGUCCUGGUCGUUUGAAGCAUUGACCUCACCCGCUUCACCGGUUCCUUGAAUGGACCACUGAUUGACCCAAUUCCUAGCUUUUCUGUGGCCAAUUCCAGUUGCCUUCAUACGCCAUCUCCUGAUAUCGAAGACAAAGGAGGAAUAAGAGGAGGAGGAUGUCGAAUGCCAUGAGCGAUUGAGAUUCAGGCUGGUAUCUCUGCUGUUCGUCUGUAUGAAAGUGGGUGAAUAUCUGUACCGUGCUUCGGGGUAUCACACUUAGCUUUGUCAUGAUGAGGGAUCGUGGGUGGGCUUGUCUUGGUUUCACUCUUGGGAGAGCUACUCGUCACCAGCACUGCGCAGAAGUGCAAGCCCGGCGCUGGUGCGGCCGAGAGUUGAAUCCCGACCGCCACUGGUAUCCCCCAGUGGUGGGCCUACACCACAGUUAGCCAACAUGACGCGUGAUGGUGCCCGUGAUGGUAUAGGUGCUGGCUUGAAGAGUCCGAACUUCAUUCCGAAGACGCUCGUUUUCAGCUGUCAGAUGUUGAAUCUGCACACGCUGUCUGCUCACGUCCUCGGUCAGUUGGGCAAUUCUACCCUCGGUCUCCUGACCUCCCUGAAUACCAUCACGGACGGCAUCACGAAUCCUAUUAACAGAGGCAGAAUCCAGACUUACCUCUGGCACCACCUCCCGCUGCCCAGGAGGCGUGCCCUCAUCCCCAAAAAUCCACCGCACCCACCUGACCAGCCUGGCGCCCAUAGCUGGCCCAAAGGGAGAGAAAAGUGUGGCAAUGAUGCCCCCUGCUGGCCACAGGUGAGUGGAAGCCAUUGCUGCGAGCCCAGAACGCAGUCUUGGAGGAGAGGAAAAGACGAAGUGAGAAGAUGCGAGUAGCUAAGUAGGAGAUAACUCGCGGUGCUGCUCCUUCCAUUGCUGGGAGGCUCUUUCCAUCUUGCGAAUAUGUGCAUCUGGCAACGGCAACGGCACCCCCAAGCAUUCAAAGGGUGUACGAUCGAUGUUUAACGUACGCUUAGAGUAGUGAGCAAGCCUGAUCAGACCUUUUGGACUUGCCUUGCGCAUUUCAACGUGGCUCAAAUUCGCUAUCAAUGCAGUACAACAUUCAGGUUCCACCAGGACGUAGU